AUGUCACAAGAAGUUAAACGUAAAAUUCACUAUACUCCUCAGAAUAGUCCGAAUAAGUAUUCAAAAACUCCUCAAAGUAAUGAAUCACUUAAAAAAGAUGCGAAAUCACAAUCAGAAAGACAAUGGUCUAAACAUAUGGGUAUCCAAACACCACUGUCCGAAACAGGAAUAGUACGAGAAAAUUUAAUUACGGAAGAAAUGAAACAGAUGCAUGUAAUUGAAGAACGAAAAAUUCAAAAGUUACAAAAGAAGCUUCAGAUCGCUGAAGAAACCAUAUCUUCACUUUCUACCUCUCAUGAGAUCGAAUUACGAGCUAAAGAGGAGAUUUUACAACAAUUGAAUAACGAUUGGGAAUCAAUUACUAAAUAUUAUUAUGAAAUAUCAGAGAGUUUAAAAGGAUUUCAACAACAUAAGGAUAAUCUAUCGAAAUUAUAUAAUGAAAUCAUCAAGCAAGAAAAUCUCACGUCGAUGAAUCAAGAACUACAAGUGCAAUUACAGAAGAUUACGGAAGAGAAACAAAACUUAACUAUCUUGUUUGCUGAAAAAGAUGAUGAAAUAAUAAAAUUGCAAGGGGAGAUUGAAUUUGAGAAUACUCAUAAAUUAUCGAAAAAAAAAUACGAAACAGAGAUAAAAUCCUUAAAACAAGAAUUCGAUGUUAAACUAAUAGAAAUGAAAAAAACUUUAACUACACAAAAUUCUGCAUAUUUAAAAUUAAAUGAAAAUAAUUUAAAAGAAAAAAUGCAACCUUUAAUAGAAUCUAUUCCAAUAGAAAUAAUUAAAAAAAUAGAAAGUCAAACAAAUCAAAUUUGUGAAGUAAAAGAAUUUCAAAAUCAAGAAAAUAUAAAUAACUCAAAAAUUAUAAUCAAAGAUAAAAACGAAAUAUCGAAUCUUGAACAAGAUAUAUAUAGCUUUAGUACCAGAGAAAUUAAUGAUGAAUUACAAAAUAUAUUAUCAGUACAAGAAAAAAAGGUUCGAUUCAAUUUAAAUUCUCCAACGAAGGUGAAGUUUAACAUUCACACUCACACUUACAGUUAA